AUGUAAUGUAUAGUGGGUGUGUGGGGACAGUGUAGGUUAGAUAUAUUGGCUGCAAUGUAUACGGAGUGGGUGUAGAUGGCGUAGGGCUGUGCAAGGAAGGUUGGAGUCGGGAUAUCAGGCACUCCCGGUUGAGUUCAGUGGAAGAUGGCGGCCGAGGAUCGGGAGCGGGAUCAGGCCCGCAGUGAUAACGCGAAACAGAAGCGAAAGGAGCAGCUGAAGCGCUGGCUGGGCUCGGACACCGAGCGGGAGCCCGAGCGGCCCCGCACCAAGCACGUCCGAGUGAAGUUCGAUGAGGGAGCCGUGUUCCUGGCUGCCUGUUCGAGCGGGGACCAAGACGAGGUGGAGAAGCUGCUGCUGAAAGGAGCUGACAUCAAUUACACCAAUGUGGACGGACUGACCGCCCUUCACCAGGCCUGCAUUGACGAAAACCUGAACAUGGUUACUUUUCUGCUGGAACACGGCGCCAAUGUCAAUCAGCCUGACAAUGAGGGCUGGACAGCACUACAUGCUGCAGCCUCCUGUGGCUUCAUGGAGAUCACACAGUACCUAAUUAAACAACGAGCCAAUGUUGCAGCUGUGAACAGUGAGGGUGAGCUGCCUAUUGACAUCGCCCAGGGUGAAGCAAUGGAGAAGAUGCUGAAGGAAGUCAUUAAAAAGCAAGGAAUCGAUGUGGAGGUGGCCAGGAAGGAGGAGGAGCAGCGGAUGAUCCAGGAUGCCAGGCAGUGGCUAAAUAGAGGGAAGCUGGAAGAUGUUCGGCACCCAAAAACCGGAGCGAGCGCCCUUCAUGUUGCUGCAGCCAAAGGCUACUUGGAGGUCAUGAAGUUGUUAAUCCAGGCUGGCUUUGAUGUGAACAGUCGAGAUAAUGAUGGUUGGACUCCAUUACACGCAGCAUCACACUGGGGCAAAGAAGAAAUCUGCAGGUUGUUGGUGGAGAACUUGUGCAACAUGCAGGCUGUCAAUAAAGUGGGUCAAACUGCAUUUGAUGUUGCGGAUGAAAGUCUCUUGGAUCUGCUGGAGGAGCUACAGAAGAAGCAGACCGUUUUGAGGAUUGAGAAGGAGAAGCAAGCCAAGAUGGAGGCCUCACUGAUUGAACUGUCGAAUGCCUCUCAGCAAAUACCAACCAGGACCAGGAGGACUUCUAUUUCCCGUAUGAGCAGCAAAGAUAAAAUCUCAAUGCAUGACAAGGAGCGCAAGACACUGGAGUCUGUAAUGCUGGAGCACGUUAAUGAUGAUGAGGAGGAUAGGAAAAAGUUGAAUGGCUCAAGUUCUGAGGAGGAGAUGCCUCAUGAAGUUGAAUCGGUGGCUGAGAAGGCCAAAGUCCGACUUAACAUGAAUAACCUCACCAAACGGAGCAUGACAACUGACUCCAUCCUCUCAUCCACUACUGCAAGUAACAAGAGGGUGAGCAUCAAUAUAUCUCUUCCAUGUGUGAGUUUUCUCAUUGCAAGAAAUACUACAGCACUCAUUGGCUGCACUGUAAACACUGCAUUACUGCUUCUGCCAAGUGACCCAAAGUCAUGGCGACAGGGCCUACGCAAAACCGGCAUUGUCUUGGUCCCCCAAAGAGGUCAAAAGGCAGCGUUUUCAGGCUCUCCUGCCAAAGCGGCAACCCAUGAAGAAGAGAAGAAAGAGCAGCAGUCUCCAGCUGCAUGGCGCACUGCCCUUCGCAAAACAGGGAGCUAUGGAACCCUCAACAACUUGCAACCACCGCAGGAGGAGCAGAAAGGGAAAGAGAUGGGAAUUGUCCGGUCAGCAUCGAGCCCCAAGCUGACUCUGGCUGAAUCCAAGGAGAAGGAGAAGGAACCUCGGUUAGCCCGUGUUCCACCGACUCCAACAAGGAAGCUCUUCACUAUUGGAGAUGCCAAUGAGGACAAAUCUAGUGAUUCUGCAGCCCCAUUGGCUCGAAGUGCCUCCUACACAAGGCAGCGAGAGGAUGACUCUGGCAUCCUGGCCCGGAGCUCAUCGUACACACGUAGACAGACAGAGCUGGAGAGCAACAAAAGGGAUAAGGACCUCAACGACACUCUGCCGAGCAGCACUGGCGUCUCCACAGCGGCAGUGCCUGGUCAUCCAAAGAGUCACUUACGCCUGAAAGCAAUAGGCCGCAGCUAUAGUGCACAAGACUUCAGACUACGUUCCAGAACAAUGCCACCUUCGAGCCAUAACGAUACUAACUCUGACACUGCUUCUUCCAGCAUCACCACUUUUCUAAGUGCAUCUUUCGGAAGAAGGCAGGAGGGUCUUGCCAGUAGUUCUGCCCCAGGAUCUGUCAGUACAUUGUCCAAUACAAGUUCCUCCUCUAAUCCUCCCGGUGGCCGGGGCCUGACAGCAGGUAUCUCAGCAACAUCUUCAGGAGACAGUUACACAAGUCGCUCCCAGACUCAAAACCAAGCAGGAAAUGGAGCAGAGAAAGAGAGUAAUCCAACCACGCAAGGCACUGGCUAUGGCACGGAGAACCGUGAGAGACGCAGAUCCUACCUCACCCCAGUUCGUGAUGAGGAAGCUGAAGCACAACGCAAGGCGCGUUCGCGACAUGCCCGCCAGUCUCGCAGGUCCACACAGGGUGUGACACUGACAGACCUCCAAGAGGCUGAGAAAACGAUUGGAAUCCAGCGUGAGAAGAAAGCUGCAGAACAGGAGAAAGAAAAAGAAAAGGAAGAGAAAGAAGGAGAAACUAAAGACUUUGCCUCGAAAUACAAAUAUAGCAGGAGCAGUCAGGAUGAGGAGAAGAACUGGCGUUCGAGACUAGCCAACCUACAGAAAGCGGAUCUGCUGGGUCUAACCUCCUAUUCCACAGAUUCUAAUCGUUCAAACGUUCCAACUUACACCUGCCACAAUGCUGUACAGCCUCUUGACAACAAAGAAUUGGAGAAAGCUAAAGAAGAGGAGAAGGAAUCGGAUGAUUCUUCUUUCAGAAGGUCCGGUACAAGAGACCGGAGACGGCCGAGGGGGAAACGAAGAUCAACAGGUGUGCAUUCCCUAUCACAAGAUGAUGAGAAUGACCAGGAUCAGUCAGAUAGUGAGGAUGUGGUGGGAUUGCAGAAGAAACAGACUGAUAAUCUGUCAAGUUACAGGGAAGAUACUACCGCAAGAAGCCAAGGGAAUCAAUCAAACAGAGGAGUGAGCUAUUCGGACACGAGCCUGCGUUCUGCACGGCCUGGUCGGGCUGAGAGUGAGACUGACAGGCAAGGCUACAGAAAGUUGUACGAAGAGCUUCAGAGAGAGAAUGUCCAGCUACAGGACCAGCUGCAGGAGAUGCAGAUGCAGAUUUCACAUACAAAGUUGGAGUUAGAGAAGGCUACACAGAUGCAAGAAAGAUUUGCAGACAGGACCGCCCAUCUGGAAAUGGAGAAAAAAGUGAGAGCGGAAAGCCUUAGAAAGAAGAAUCUUAGAACUUGAGGAAGAACUAAAGGUUUUAACAGAUUUGAGAGCUGACAACCAGAGACUGAAAGAUGAAAAUGGUGCACUGAUUCGUGUCAUCAGCAAACUCUCCAAGUAACUGGUCUUCACUUCAACACUUGCACAAAGCUUUCUGGAAUGAUGGGAUGUACUGCCACUGGUCUCCAUGUCCAGACGCUUGCCUCACCCUCUCUAUAGAGGGAUUGCUAACCAAGCCACACCUAUUGCUAUUACAGUUGCACCUGGACUGCCAUCCGUGGGUAAAUCGGAAAGGCAUGUUCAUUGAAUUCUGUAUAAAUGAUGCUCGUAACCGGUACCUAUAUAGCUACACCACAGAGGAACAGCACUGCUGUGAGGAAUAGUUGUGAUGGGAACCCAGAGUCUUUGAUGAUGACAACUGUCCCAAUCAGCACACAAGGCCACUCUUCAUUCAUGUGACUUUGUUGACAAAACAGCACUUUGCUUCGUUAAUAGUACAUGACCAGUUGAAGAAAUGGACACUUCGUUGGGUCAAGUUGGAGAGAUGGAGCGGAGAGUUCUGUUUGACAGGCUCUUCAUUUUGGGUUGUUUUAUAAGGGAAUGGAACAGAAAAAGACUAAAGCUUUUUUUAAAAUUAUUCCAUUAUUCAUUUGAUCUUCCAGCUAUCAAAACCCUCACCAGUUCCUACAUACCACGUGGAACUUACUGUGGAGUUGUUCAUUACUGACCUCUGCAGACUAUUUUACAGAAUUGUGACUUGGAAAGAUGUAGUUACCCAGCACCCUGUGUCCCCAAAAGUGAGUUGCACCUAUAUUCAUGACCCAAUGAGUAUUUUUGCUGGUUCUAAGUUGCCACUGCUUUUGGUAGGGAGGUAUUGAAGGAUAGCAAAGCAUGAAUAAGAAUCAAUUUCCACCAGGAAUGGAUGUAAGCCAGGCAAUGAUGAAAUAUGCAAGGUCCAAUUUAAAAAAACAGCUCUAACCAGAGUCAUUACUAUGUGGGUGUUACCUUGUAGUGGCUUGUAUGAGUAGAAAUGAUUAAAGGAAUCAUCCAGAAAUGGAGAGAACCUGAAUCAUUGGCACAGUCACUGGGGGCAGACAGCUGCUGUUGAUUCCUGAACUGGCCAAUUAUGGAGGAGUAAAAAGGGGGGUAAAAACUGUAUGUAAUGCAAGGGUAAAGUUUUCUUAUAAUUGGCACGAGAAUUCUUUUCCCCCAUUUGAAAUUGCACUAAUCCCCUCUGUCUUCCCUCAACCGUUUUAAUGUGGAAGUCCCUAAUUUUAAUUCUUUUUCUUGUCAAAUCCCCUCGCGCCAAAAAUAAACCUUUGUGUCUUUCCUGUAUCCUGUACCAGAGAAAAAAAAGAACAAUUGUGUUCUAUCAGCUCUUUCCACUUUCCUUGCCAAAGGAAAAAAUAGUAGAAUGAGCAAUAUAAACAUAACAGUCAGAAUAUAAAGUGUUGUGGUACCAAAGUAUGUGUGUUUACAUUGAGGCAAUAUAUUUUGUAGAUCAUCAUUUUAUACAGCUUACUGUACUGGCCCUGAUACAAAAGUCUACACUAGAUUACCUAUAUGCAAAGCAGUUUUCUAGUUUGUUAUGACUCUGAGAAAGAAAGACUUGUAUUUUUGUGGCACUUUGGUGUUUCUUUCAGAAAUAUCCCAGAACACAAUGGUUAUUGUUGAAGGCACAGGGAGUUCCCACAAACAUAACAAAUUUAAAGUUAAUUUGCUUUUAGUGAUGGCUGAAGAAAGAAUAUUGAUUGGGGCACUAGAAAACCACAGUACUUCUCUUUGAAUCUAAGUUUCCAUCCAAUCUACUGGAAUAAGAAGUGGAUAUGGGUUAACUUCUCUUCUAUCAGGUGCCUCUUCCAACAGUCCCUCAAUAUUGCAGAGUUUCAGCCUAGAGUAUAGAUUCAGCUCAAGUGGGACUCGAACAAAAAAAUCUCAACUCUGGAAAGAGUGCUGCUGAAAUUUGAGAAGAAUCUAUGUAAGAGGUAUUAAUUUUGUUAAUUUUUCCUGUAUCUGUGGUAGACUCUAAUGGCCAGUUUUCCAAAUUAGUGCUCUGCUUACGUUGGAGGGGUUGCCUCAAUAAUACCUUUGACUCAUACUAUCUGCACUUAAGUAAUGCAGUGAUUUGACUAAAAUGAUGACAACUUCAAGGCCAGCUCACCCAGAUAAAAAGUUACAUCAUUUAUGAAAAGGUUAUCAAAUUGCACUAUCUGAUGCACUGAUUACUCAAAAUUCAUGAUGUUUGGAUGUCCAGUUUGGUAGUCAAAGCUUUUUUUUAAGGAUUUCUGAGAAAGAAGGUUACGUCCCUCAUUGUUUAUCUUCCACUUCAGAAGCAAGCGUGCUUUUAUUUUGUAGUCUCUUGUGAUAAGUAUCCAAGUAAACACCAUGUAUUCCACUGAAGAGUCUUACUGCAAACAGUAUGUCAACCAUUGAACCAAAGUAUGUAAUUUAAUAACCCAAGAAUUCCCUAGCAGUUCUGUAAAUUUAUCUCCUUUGGCAAGUUGCUGCAGGAAAUUAAAAAGUAACCUUUACGCUUCUUAGGAUCAGAUUUGGAAUGUGGUCUAUCAAGAAGACUGCUGCCUCAAGAAACUACUUGCACCACCCAAAUGUCACAGUUGUCUACACAGCACCCUGAGACUUUAGAACUCUGAAGAUUUCUAUAAUGAGCCCUGACCCUUUAUUUAUCCUUUGGCUGGUAUCUUUUCACUGUAGGUUGGAACAGUCAGUCUUUUUGCACUGUUCAAAAUUUGCAAGAGAACUUAAUUGACAAGAGAUCAAGGUAAAUUUUGCUGAGAGGUCCCAUAAUUCUGAAAGUGUUUUGAGUUCAGGGGUAUUAUCAAUUACGUAGCUCACCGUUUGCUAGAUGCAGCAUCUGAUUUUCUACAUGCAUACAUUUUGAGAUCAACAGGAGUUGGAAGGGCCAGAUGCUGUGAAGAGUUCUAUUCCUGAGGAGGUGAUUCAUUAAAAGAGAUAACCAUUGUGCCCUUUAGAUGGGUUACACAAAGCAGAACUGAAUCACUUAAAAUCACAAUCAUGAGGUAAUGAAGAUUGCUAAAUGUGGCUAACUUCCAGUUGGCUUAAAGUAAGCGGGUUAUAUUAUCAGUGAUUUUUUUUUGUACCGAUGGGAGGCUGACUGUUUUCAUGUACUUGUUCGAUAUAGACUGAAACCAUACACAGUGGUACUGUUUUAGUGGAAAUGAUGGCAUGAGGUAGAGGAGGCAAACACCACAAGAAUUAGAGAUGAAAGUGUUUCCCUUGUCUGACCUGGGUAAAACACUUGUGCAGAGAUCUGUGCUUGCAUGUCUUUGGAAAUCCAAGAUUCAGAAUAGAUCAGCACAUUUGGAAAAACUGAAGAGGAAUGGGUUCAAGGCUUCCUUUAUGCUAUGUUUAUCGGGUGGGUAAACACUACACAUACUGCAUCACUUGUGCAAUAAUGCUAAGUUUAUCUUUUAUGCAAUAAUGUAUAAGUUACUUUUCUAUAUGCUUGCCUGCAAAUUGCACAAAUUCUAAUUGUAUAAAAGCCACAGAUGUGUUUGAAACCAGUUCUAUAUAUUUCACCUGCCUUUCAAAUGUAAACUAUAUAUUCUUGUACAUUUUUAUGUUAAUAUUUAAAAGAAAAUUGUGUCAGACUAAUUCACAUCAACCAAUGGUUGGAAGUCGAUUUGCUGUCGAUAAAAAUGGAGAGAGACAAGCUUCAUUUGUGAAGUGUCAUGGUGACUUUCCAUUACAAGCUACGUGGCUCUCAGGCUGUACCUUCACGGUCAAACUUCACCCUUCACUUUUAUACUUGAGCUUUACUCUCAGGUCAAUGAAUUCCCACUAAGAGUCCUCAUUCUCAUGCAGCAUUCACUCUCAGGCAUCAUUUCCCACUUAAUCCAGGGUUUGAAAAAGAAAUCUCCCUAUCAGUCCUUAGUCUUGAAUUCUCCAAAGACCCUUUUAUAGGUUAGUUCCCCCACCACCUCUUUCCCGCCCCCCCCAACCCCACCCCUACAAUAUGGCUCAACCUGUUUGCUUGGUUGAGAACUUCCAUUGGGUCCAAUUUCCAUAGUGGUUGAUAGGAAAUGUAAUUGGGCACUCAACCAUUUGGGGGAUUUCUUUGUUCAGACAAGAUAGUUACCAUGACCAUAAAAGCAAAAGUUCUAAAAUAUUCUAUGUAUAGUUGAUACUUUAGUGCCAUGGGCCAGUCACUACACUUUUCCCUUUAGAAUUAAACUAAAUCAGCCCAGACAAAGAGAAUACAGAGAUUCUCCCUUUAAUAUGAUUCAAGGGUUUCAAAAGUAUCUUUUAAGUUCUGGCACCUUAUUUGAAACUGGUUAGGCAAGUGAAAGUGUACCCAUUGAAUUUAGUUUUCAUUAAAUGUAUAAAGUUUGAGGGCAUUUGUUUUCUGGUGCUAUUUGGGCAUUGCCACUUCAAGAUGGCUCAGGAGGAAAAUGAAAAUCCCUAAGCCAUUUAUGUGAGAGCUGAACAAAGCACUUUUUAAAAAGUUAAUUAGGAUCUUGUUGAGUUAACCUAUGCUGCGUUUGAUCCGGGAAUACAUAAUACUGAUAGUAGGUGUAAAAGUGAAAAUAUAUUCCGAUCCCAGCACUGACAUCCCUCACAUUGAU